AUGUCCGAUGCAAUCGAGGGGCCGAUCCGAGACCGCAUGACCGAAGACACCCUCGCGUUCAGCGAGGAUGACCUCGAGACCUUGGCAGAACCGCACAAUGACGUACUGUUAAUUUCAUUCCUCUUAAGCAACGUUCAAAUUAAACGUGUACUCAUGGAUCCAGGUAGCUCGGCCAACGUAAUCAAGUCAAAGAUAGUGGAACAGCUCGGGUUGCUCAACCAAGUCGUGCCCGCCUCCCGGGUCCUCCACGGCUUCAACAUGGCCGGUGAAAUAACAAAGGGAGAGAUCGUCCUCUCGGUUGAUGUGUUCGGUACAGUUCAGAAUAACAAGUUCCACAUCAUCAUUGGUGACAUGAGGUACAACGCAUUGCUUGGCAGGCCGUGGAUACACGGCAUGAGGGCAGUGCUGUCAACUCUGCACCAGAUGAUAAUAUUUCCAGCGAAAGAUGGCAUAACAACCAUAUAUGGUGAACAACAUAUGGAAAAAGAAAUGUUCGUAGUUUACCAGGAGACACCAAGCCCCUGCACCAGAUGGUAA